UUAAUUUUAGUUGCAGCUUGAUCUUGGUCGUGAGAAGUUCUUUUGAUAAUUGGAAAAAUGCUGAAGAAAGUGCUAGUGUUAAGUGUUUUAGCGGCGUUUGCUAUAUUCACAAAUGGAGACCCUGUCGCCCUUGAUGCUUCGCCCAGACUGUAUGAAGAUAAAAUUCUAGCUCUAAUCGAGGACAUACGGCUCCGAAUGUGUUACAAUGACCCCGAUGGACUUCCUCAAUUAGAUCCUUUCCUGCUACCGCAACAACUUGAUUUGGAUUUGGACACUGACUUUGGCAAAAUAAAAGGAUACAUUCGCAACCUUAAGGUCGACGGACUCUCCACAUUCGUGGUAGAUUUCCUCACAUUCGCGAUAACUUUGAAAUUCAAUACCUCGCUCUCAGUACCGAAAUUAACCCUCUCGGGAGAGUAUGGAUUGAAUGCAAAUUUAGGUGGUUUCAUCCAACUUAACGGCGAAGAUAAGUUCUACCUGGAAUUGCUCGGUAUCCACUUGGGAGCUAGCGCUGGCUUUGUAUACAACAAAACAAUGUCUCUUCAAAAUUUGAAGGUUUCGUUAAAACUCGAGGGAGCCUAUUCCAACAUCGAAAAAUUGACUGGAGAUGAAGAAGUUGAUGAAUUUUUGAACGAAGUGGUUUCCGAACUGUUACCAAAAAUUCUCGAUGAAUACAUCCCCGAAGACCUAUUCCACAGUGUUGAGACAAUGGUGGAAGAUCUGGUAAGUGAUUUCAUGAAGGAUAUGACAGUCAGCGAUUUGCUUGCACUUAUAAGUGGCGGUGGCGGAAAUCUACUCCCUCCACUUGAUGAGGAAAAGGCAUGCAAAACUAAAAAAGAAGGAGACGACUUACUUCAUCCACCAAGUGUGCAAUUGUUGCUUGAUAAAAUUAAACACCACAACUAAGAAAAUGUAACAUUUAUUAAAGCUGACACGCAAAGUAAAGCUUUAACCGUUGUUCCAAGAUCAACUAAGAGAAAACACCAAAGAAGGUCCCCAUGA